AGUAACUCCUCAUUUCGGAGAAAAAAAACCUGAUCUCUCUCUCUCUCUCUCUCUCUCUCUCUCUCUCUGUGAUUUCAGGAAAAUGGCCGAGGCCAGUAUGUCAGUGGCUCAGGACCAGUUCAGGUGCCCAGUGUGUCUGGAUCUCCUGAAGGAUGCGGUGGCUAUCCCCUGUGGUCACAGUUUCUGUAAGGUGUGUAUUAAUGGCUGCUGGGAUCAGGAGGAUCAGAAGGGCGUCUACAGCUGUCCUCGGUGCAGAGACACUUUCACGACAAGGCCUGUUCUACGCAGAAACACUAUGCUGGCUGAAGUGGUGGAGAAACUGAAGAAGACUGAAGUCCAAGCUGCUUCUCCUGCUCACUGUUACGCUGGACCUGGAGAUGUGGAGUGUGAUUUCUGCACCGGGAGAAAACACAAAGCCAUCAAGUCCUGUCUGAUGUGUUUGGCUUCUUAUUGUGAAACUCAUCUGAAACCUCAUCUUGAAGUUCCUGCUUUGAAAAAACACACAUUAAUUGAAGCCUCAGCGAAACUCCAAGAGGAGAUCUGCUCUGAACAUAACAAGCUGAUUGCAAUCUACUGUCGGACUGAUCAAACCUGCAUCUGUUAUUUGUGUAUGAUGGAAAAUCACAAAGGUCACGACACCGUCACAGCCGCAGCAGAAAGAGCUGAGAAACAGAGUGAGUUAAAGGAGGAGCAGAUGAAAUCCCAGCAGAGAAUCCAGGAGAAGCAGAAGAAGGUGCAGGAGCUGAAACAGGCUGUGAACACUAUAAAGCUCAGUGCACAGACAGCAGUGGAGGACAGUGAGAGGAUCUUUACUGAGCUGAUCAGCUCCAUGGAGAAAAAGCGCUGGGAGGUGACGGAGCUGAUCAGAGAUCAGGAGAAGGCUGAACUGAGUCGAGCUGAACGACUCCUGGAGCAACUGGAGCAGGAGAUUGCUGAUCUUCAGAGGAGAGUCACUGAGCUGGAGCAGCUUUCACACACACACGAUCACAUCCAUUUCCUCCAGGUUUUAGCUUCUGGACGUCGCUCUCCUCCAUUUCAGAGACCAGAGUUUCACACAUCCAGUGUCACUGUCCAUCAACAUCUCUCAUUUGAUGGAGUGAGGAAUUCUCUCUCAGAUCUGAAAAAGAGACUCGAGGAAUUCUGUGAGGAGGAAUUCAUCAAAAUCCCUCCACAUGAUGGAGAGACAGAGUUUUUCGAGAUCUCAACUGGGGUACUGCAAGGCGAUACCCUCGCUCCUUUCAUCUUCGUCAUUGUCCUCGACUACAUACUUCGCCUAUCCCUUGACAAUUUAAACGUCAGGGGUCUACAGAUCCAACCUAGGCAUAGUCGAAGACACCUGGCACAACACCUACUGGCAGUUCAGAUCAUUUCAGGACCAGAACCACAGAGCAGAGAAGAGUUUCUGAAAUAUUUCUGUUAUCUGACUCUGGAUCCCAACACGGCACAUCGUCUCCUCAUUCUGUCUGAGAAGAACAGAGCGCUGAGAGACAAUGAGAGAGAGCAGCGUUACUCUGAUCAUCCAGAGAGAUUUGAUUCCUGGGAGCAGGUGUUGUGUAAGGAGAGUGUGUGUGGACGCUGUUACUGGGAGGUGGAGUGGAGCGGGUAUGGUAGUGUGUUGUCUAUAUCGGUCUCAUAUAAAGACAUCAUCAGGAAAGGAUGGAGUAAUGAGUGUGGGUUUGGAGGCAACAAUGAGUCCUGGAGUCUGUGGUGUUCUUCUUCUUCUCUCUCUUUCUAUCACAACAGCAUUAAGACUGAUCUCAGAGUUCCAUCAGCCUCCAGAAUAGGAGUGUAUGUGGAUCACAGUGAAGGAACUCUGUCCUUCUACAGCGUCUCUGACACGAUGAAGCUCCUCCACAGAGUCCACACCACAUUCACUCAGCCUCUAUACGCUGGGUUUGGGUUCUACUUGUUUUAUGGUUCUGCGAGAUUGUGUGAUCCAGAAUAAAAGUGUGGAGUGUUUUCUGUAAAAUUCCUGUACGUUGCCACGUUGUUGCUCAGUCGUCUGUUUCACUAGAACACAAUCCAGCUUCACAAAAACACUUAUUUUAAUAUUAAAAUUAAAACAGAUGAAUAAUUUAAAAUAAUUAAAAAGGAAAUGUUAAAAACUGUCAGACAAGAAACUCGUCAAAUUUAAAAAGAAAAUGAUCUCAUGACCUUCUCAUUAUAAAGUUGUGUUUGUUUCAUAUUAAGCAGCGUCUCAUUAAAUAACUAAUAAACAGUAAUAAAGCCAGAACAGAACAACAUUUUAAACCUGUUCAGGUCACACUAUAUAAAAAUAAAACAUCACUUUUGGAAUGAAUUUGAUUUUUCUGCUUGUGUUCUAAGAUGUAAAAUCCACAUUCACUUUUUCAAAUCUGAAGUUGUUUCUAAACCCUGAGAUUUGAUUGUAAAACAUUGAACAAUAUUUAAACUCCAUUAGAACAUCCAGGCUGCCGAUGUCGUGUUCAUCCCAUAUUCAGCCUGGAUGAUGAUUGGCCCGCAGAUAGAACCUUAUAAAUCCAGGUUUAUCUGUGAGUUUGCGAUUUUUAUUCAAAUAUUACAAUCAAAGCUUUGCAGAAUAAAAGAUAAGAGCACAGGAGAAUAAAGUUUCCCCCAGUGAUGGAGUUUCUGUGCUGAACUCAUUUUCAGACAGAAGCUUUUAAUACUGAGGUCAGGAUGUCAGCAAGCCGCUGGAUUGAUAUGCAACGGGGUUUUUCUCCACUUUGGAUGGAUAUUUUUAGAUUAUUUAAUCUGUGGGAAAUAACUACAGUGUCUUAAAUAUGUGUUUGUGAAAAUGACUGUAAACCUACAACUGACUUUUUCCUCCAAAAAACAUCUCUUUUAAUGUUGUCAUAUAUUGUCUGUGUGAAUAAUGAUGAUGAAUCUGUCUCUGUGAACUGGAUCUGUCUGUGAUUCUUUUCAUUUUCAAUAAAAUAAAGCAACAAAUCCAA